AUGCAGUCAACAUUAGAGACCGAAAGGUCGACGCCUCAACGGCCUCUGUCGACAUUAUCAGAUCAUACCACGCAAAUAGAUGGAAACAGCCUUCCGAAAGGAUCUCAUAACCCUUCUUCGACCUCAUUUCAAAUAGAAGCCGAAAAGUCAACUGCUCCAACCGGAGAUCAAAGUACGCCCAACGAAGCCGACGAUGGAACUGAAUACCCGGGCAAAUUUGCCCUUUCCUUCAUCGUCGUGGCUCUCAUCCUUUCCAUCUUCCUAAUUGCUCUGGAUAUGACCAUUGUCGCUACAGCAAUUCCUACGAUAACUGCCCAGUUCAAAUCGUUAGAUCAGAAUGGGCUGCACCACCCUGGAUUGUUGGAACGAAGCCAUUGGCUGGUGCCGGUGCCUCCGCCCUCACCGGUGGUGUCUACCACGAUCAUGGAUUCUCGGUUCACACAACAACGACCGGCCUUCACAGGUAUUCUGGGUGCAACUUAUGGUGUGGCUAGUGCUAUUGGCCCUCUUCUUGGUGGUGUUUUCACUGACAAGGUAUCUUGGCGAUGGUGCUUCUACAUCAACCUCCCAGUUGGAGGAAUCAGCGCUGCCAUCAUUUUCUUUUUCUUCACAGCCCCACCAGCUUCUAGACCAGUCAAGGCCUCUCUGCGCGAGAAGCUAUUGCAGAUGGACUUGGUUGGAACAUUCACAAUCAUGGCAGGUGUGGUCAGCUUCCUACUGGCCAUGCAAUGGGGAGGAACUACCAAGAAGUGGUCAGACGGAUCCGUCAUCGCUACCCUGGUUGUUUUCGGACUUUUGGUCAUCUGCUUUAUUGUGAACGAAUGGUGGAUGGGCGACCGAGCACUCCUUCCGCCACGCUUGUUCAAGACAUGGAACAUCAGUAUUAGUUCCGUCUACAUCUUCUUCUUUGCAGGGCCAUUCUUCGUCUUGAUCUACUACCUUCCCAUCUACUUCCAGGCAAUCAAGCAUACCUCAGCUUCAGAUUCUGGAAUCCGAAAUCUGCCUUUCGUGCUGGCAGUCAGUAUCUUCUCCACUCUUUCCGGUGGACUCAUUGCGACAUUCGGUCACUUCAGCUACCUUAUGAUUCUUGGAUCCGUCAUGGUUACCAUUGGUUCAGGCCUAAUCUAUACCUUCGGCCUCGACACGCCAGCAAGCACUUGGAUUGGGUAUCAGAUUCUUGCCGGUAUUGGAGGAGGUGUUGCCCUCCAGAUCCCAGUCAUUGUCAGUCAAGCUUUGGCGAAACCUGAGGAUCUCUCCAGCGCCACUGCAAUGAUUCUCUUCAUCCAGACCAUGGGAGCUGCUAUCUGGGUGUCUGCAGCUCAAACUGCAUUUGUGAACAAGAUAAUUCAGAGACUCCCUCACGUAGCGCCUCUUGUGAACCCGGGCCUAGUUAUUAAAACCGGAGCCUCAGAACUACAUAAAGUGUUCUCCGGAAAAGACCUCGACGGAGUUCUCGUCGCAUACGGCGACGGCCUGAAGGUCACCUUCAUUCUUUGCGUAGCUCUUGGUGGAGUUUCUGUCCUUGCUGCUGCUUUUAUCAAGCCCCUAAACUUGAAUAAGCUGCAGAACAAGAAUGCUGUCAUUGGAGUUGCCUGA